AAGAAAUUGAAAACUGAGCUGCAGUCUGUUUGGAAACACAGAGUGAGGCAUUUCUGGAAGCUACAUGGGGACUAACAAUGGACACCCAGAAGGAUGUCCAACCUCCAAAGCAGCAGCCAAUGAUACGCAUCUGUGGAGAAUGUCACACAGAAAAUGAAAUAAAAUCCAGGGAUCCAAUCAGAUGUAAAGAAUGUGAAUACAGAAUAACAUACAAGAAAAGGACCAAAAGAUUGGUGGUUUUUUAUGCUCAAUGAAACAGGGAAUUCAGA